UGCCCUGCCCUGCCUGCCGCCGCCUCCUGCUGCUUGUGCUCGGCGGACGCGCCUUCGAGGCACCGGGACCAGCGUUCCGAGGCAGCCCCAGCAGCAGCAGCCCGGCUCCCCGCUCCGCCGGCCCCUCUCGUGGCCCGAUCCCCCUCCGGGGGGCGCCGACCGCAGCCUCAGGAUGCCCGAGCUCCCGGCCAAAGUCAGCACCCGGACCAGCACCCCCGCCGGGGCUCAGGGCGGCGGGCUGCUGCGCUCCUCCUCGGUGGACCUCGAAUUCCUCCGCUCCCUCUUCGGGGUCCUGAUGAUCGUGGAAAUCGUGCUGGGAUGCCUGGUGUGGGCCCUCAUUGCCGACACAUAUUACCAACCGUACCCUUCCUACGGGUGGGUGAUGUUUGUCGCUAUCUUCUUCUGGCUGGUAACGGUCAUCCUUUUUGGGAUGUACCUCUUCCAACUUCAGGCGAAGCUCUACAUGAUUCCUUGGCCUAUUGUGCUAGUGGUAUUCAAUGUUGCUGCGUCCGUCUUGUAUGCAACAGCUUUCAUCACAAGCGCUGCUUCUGUUGAGCCGUACUCCUGGCCGCACUCACCAGACUACAACAGAAGAGCCUCUGCGUCGUUUUUUGCUUGCCUGGUGAUGAUUGGCUACGGGGUCAGUGCCUGCCUCAGCAUUCGAGCCUGGAGGGGAUAUGGGAGUAACACAGCAACCAGCCAAGCAACCAUUUCUAAUCACGCCUGAAAACUGUGGGCCAUUUUUAAUCAACACAACUUGACUGGGUGACAGUGGCUACUGGGGCCUUUGGGUGUUUGGUGUCUUCCCUCUGCCCUUUUCCUUUCCAGACCUAGUACUCUGAAUGCUAUUCCCAGUCCCAGCUUUAGCAUGGCCUAUGCCAAGUAUGCUGUAUGUGUUUUUAACGCCAUCUAUAGCUGGUUAAAGCACCCCACCCCACCCUAUGCACUAAUUAGUACCCUCAGACUGGUCAAGGGCCAGCUGAAUCAAUGGAGCAAAGCCAGCAAGAGACAACCCAAGGGCUGGUUCUCUCUCUCUCACACACACACGACUCGUGGCUUGCAGUGAGGCAGCACAGGUAACACCCCAUUUAGUAAUCUCAGCAUCUCAUGCCACUUUUGACCCAAUGCUUCUGCAGGGACUGCCCUGUACAAACAGAAAUCAAGUGGUCAAAAUUAAGGGGGAACCUGCCUUUCCGUACCUUGGCUGCAUGUGAUCUUAUUGCUAAAGGCCACUGCAUGUGGUGACCAUUCAAAGUUGCAGGGUCAGAUUUGUGCUGGCGAUUUGACACUCCGCAAGCCUGGUGCGCACAGGUAUUUGCCGUCACUUGAUGACCGGCAGCUGAAUGUGUCAACUGACUACACUGAGCAAGCAUCAGGUUCAAAGUGACAUCAAAGUGCUCUGAAGUGGGAAGAUGGUCCACUGAGCCACACUGUCAUCAAGGGAUGGACACGCUCCUGUGAAGCAGCCCAGAGGAUGCCCAUCUCCAGGGACGGCCAAGCCAGCACGUCUCACCAAAAACUAAACCCACUAAAAAAGCAAACCCAGCAGCCUCCCUUUAUGCCAGCCACUUGCAGCCAUUAUGUAAAUAAUGUAUAAUUAUUAACCCAGCGUGUUCCAUAGUAGCAAGGAUGCUUCUGGUACAAGACCACAGGUAUUUUAUUUCUAAAAAAAUGUUUUGUUUUAAAUAAAGUAAAUAAAUCUUU